GGCGACGCGGAGAGGGAGGACUGUUGGUGCCGCGGGAGGGCGCAGGGCGCGGGCCGGCUGCGGAGGGGGCCGGGGCCGGGGCGCGAGGCGGAGCCCGGGCGCGCAGCCAAGCCGGUGGGGGGGCGGGGGGGGCUAGCCCGGCGGGCUGCAGAUUCCCUCGGGCUCCCGGGAGCCGCGGCAGGACCGGCCAGGAGGCGCCAUGGAGGGGAGCCCCAUCCCGGUGCUGACGGUGCCCACCGUGCCCUACGAGGACCAGCGGCCGGCCGGCGGCGGGGGACUGCGGCGGCCCACCGGCCUCUUCGAGGGCCAGCGCAACUACCUGCCCAACUUCAUCCAGAGCGUGCUGUCGUCCAUCGACCUGCGUGACCGCCAGGGCUGCACCAUGGUGGUGGGCAGCGACGGCAGGUACUUCAGCAGGACGGCCACCGAGAUCGUGGUGCAGAUGGCCGCGGCCAACGGGAUUGGACGACUGAUUAUUGGACAGAAUGGCAUCUUGUCGACACCUGCUGUUUCCUGCAUCAUCAGGAAGAUCAAGGCAGCUGGUGGAAUCAUCCUAACAGCCAGCCAUUGCCCUGGAGGACCAGGGGGAGAGUUUGGAGUGAAGUUCAAUGUUGCCAAUGGAGGUCCUGCACCAGAUGUGGUCUCAGACAAAAUCUAUCAGAUCAGCAAAACAAUCGAGGAAUAUGCCAUAUGCCCUGAUCUUCGAAUUGACCUAUCUCGGCUUGGAAGACAAGAAUUUGACCUGGAGAACAAAUUCAAGCCAUUUAGAGUGGAGAUAGUGGACCCAGUAGAUAUCUAUCUCAACCUCCUUCGGACCAUCUUUGACUUUAAUGCCAUCAAGAGUUUGCUGACAGGGCCUGGCCAACUGAAGAUCCGAGUUGAUGCGAUGCACGGAGUCAUGGGACCCUAUGUGAGAAAAGUCUUGUGUGAUGAGCUUGGAGCUCCAGCCAAUUCUGCAAUAAACUGUGUUCCCUUGGAAGAUUUUGGAGGGCAGCAUCCUGACCCAAACCUGACAUAUGCAACAACCCUUCUGGAAGCUAUGAAAGGAGGAGAAUAUGGAUUUGGAGCUGCAUUUGAUGCUGAUGGGGACCGUUAUAUGAUUCUAGGCCGAAAUGGCUUCUUUGUGAGCCCUUCUGACUCACUGGCCAUCAUUGCUGCCAACCUCUCUUGCAUUCCAUAUUUCCGUCAGAUGGGGGUUCGAGGGUUUGGGAGGAGUAUGCCCACCAGCACGGCCCUGGACAGAGUGGCCAAAUCAAUGAAGGUCCCUGUAUAUGAGACCCCAGCGGGAUGGAGAUUCUUCUCCAAUCUGAUGGACUCGGGACGGUGCUCUCUGUGUGGAGAAGAGAGCUUUGGCACUGGCUCCGAUCACCUCCGGGAAAAAGAUGGCCUGUGGGCUGUCUUGGUCUGGCUUUCCAUAUUGGCUGCCCGGAAGCAGAGUGUGGAGGAAAUCGUCCGAGAUCACUGGGCCAAAUUUGGCCGCCACUAUUAUUGCAGGUUUGACUAUGAGGGGCUAGAGCCCAAGACAACAUAUUACAUCAUGAGGGACCUGGAGGCCCUGGUCACGGACAAGUCCUUCAUCGGCCAGCAGUUCGCCGUGGGAAACCACGUCUACAGUGUGGCAAAAACAGACUGCUUUGAAUAUGUGGACCCCGUGGAUGGCACGGUGACCAAGAAACAGGGCCUGAGGAUCAUUUUCUCAGAUGCAUCACGGCUCAUCUUCCGGCUCAGUUCCUCCAGCGGUGUGCGGGCCACCAUCAGACUGUAUGCUGAGAGCUACGAGAGGGACCCCAGUGGUCAUGACCAGGAGCCCCAGGCCGUGCUGAGUCCUCUUAUAGCCAUCGCGCUGAAAAUAUCCCGGAUUCAUGAGAGAACCGGCCGGAGGGGCCCCACAGUCAUCACCUGAAUGGAGGAAAGAUCAGUCACCAGGGCCAAAAGAGAGCGCUUGGCGGGAGACACUUCACCCACGCCUUCUUGCUACCUGUUUGUGCCUUUUAUGACUUUGAAACUCACACACACACACACA